GUUUUUAAAAAAUUCAGAGGCCAUGGCAUUAAAGGGACUUCUCAUCUGGAUUUGCUCUCUGGCAGUCUUGUCGUCCUCUGCCGCUGCAGAUGAAACUGUGCCUAGGAAAUGCAGCUCGCAAACUCAGCUGAUGGAGCGUCUAUCAGCUGAUCUCAAGGUGGCAGUAGAGUGUGGUGAUAACCUGACUUCUGCAUGGAGUGAACAGCAGACAGCUGCAGUGCUGCUGUCCAUGAGGAAUCUGGCUGAUUCUCUGCACAAACACCAGCUGAAAGGAUGCCAAAGCGCUGAGCCGAAGCAAUGCCCUGAAGCCGAAGUGCCCAGCAACGGGGGGCUGGCGUGCGUUUCAGUUGGCAACAACACCUACUGCAAACCUCUGUGCAACGAUGGUUAUGAUUUUGGUUUCAUAAGAAGGAGUCGCUUGUUUGAUAAAUGCACUGAGCAGACUCGAUAUAAGUGGGACACCCAAUACGUAGGAGGAAACAAACUGGCCGUGUGCAACGAGACACCUAUUCGAAUUUCAGGGGCAAAGACGGCGUAUUUUCCAAAACAUCAGGAUUGCCUGACGACCAAGAGCAACAGCGAACUGCAGAGGAGCAUCAUCGAAACUUUUACCGCUGAACUGAAGAGUGAAGGCAUACAGGGGGAGUCGCAGCAUGGCUGUCUUGUGUGUGGAUGAACAUGAAGAUGCAUCAACAAAGUCACAAAUGUUGUGAAAGUCCCUCUAAGAUGAAAUAAAGUUUUAGAAUUA